AUGCGAGUGCUCCGGGCAGCAGAUGCUAAAGUUAAUUGGUUGGUUGAGCGGCUCCCCAAUUUUGUGAAGGAGGCGAUUGAGGCAGCAAUGGCACCCUACACUCAGGCGAUCACAGAUAUUAGAAAAGAGCAGGACAGAAUUAAGGAGCAUGUUCGCCACAUUGAUCGUCGGUUGGAACAGAUUGAGGGGGGCAGUGCAGGCGGUCUUCCUGCCAUUCGGGCGGACCUAGCUAAAGUCAAGAAGGACAUUCGGGUAUUGAAAGCCCAUGACAUUGAGCUCAGUGCACCCAUUCUACCAUCCGGUGCCUCCUUAUUCUCCACUGGGCCUUCGGACAAAGGGGUGGAGGAGUCAGCUGGGGAGGACGAAGAAACUGAGGAAGAAGAGGAAGAAGAGGGGGAAGAAAGCGAGGAAGAGUUUGAUAAGGAGCUGGAGGGUGACCCAGCUGUUGAGGAGGCACGUACUUCCGCCCGAGCUGCUGGUAUUGCUGAAGACGAGAUAGACACAUAUGUGGCCAUGCAGCAGUCCCUUGAGGCGAGCAGAAAAUCCAGGGGGGCCUUUCAACCCCCGAGGGCGGGUGAGGCCAGCUCAUCCACCGCUCCGCCUACUGACACACGACUGCCCCCGUCUGUGGGACCUGAGAUAUUGACACCCGAGAGGGAGGGUGAUGCCGCGACGCUCCCAUUGAUAGUACCUCCGUUGGAGGUCCUCCCUGCUGAUCAGACACCAUCGGACGCCAGGCGUCCAUCGUGA